AUGAAGGACGACGGCGACUGUAGUCGUAGCGGUGGAGAGGCGAUCAGCAAUCCUCCAAAUAAUGUGGAUGACAACCAAGACCCCGACAUUGCCGACAACACCGUCCGGACCAGUGGGACCGUGGGAGCCGAUGAAGAUGAUGCCAGGGAGGCACUACCAGUAGCACAAGAUGCAGUCAACUCUACGAAUGGUUCCGCGGAAUCGGGGUGUGAGCGACCGAGUGCAUCUGCUGGGAAUGGCGAAGCAGCAUCUUCUUUCCUCGCUUCGUCGGAGUCAUUCGAUGGGAAAACUUGGACGAUGUCCAAUGAUGAUGCCAGAGCAACCGACCAGCAGCAGACGGAGGGCAGAGCUAGCAGACCCGACACUUCUGCACAGUCUACAGAAGGUUCCAUGGACCAGAACGAGAAGGCAUCAUCGAGUACAUCAUUGACGGGCAAUGGUACAUGUUAUGAGGGCAAUUCUGCAGCUGCUGCAUCAAUGACGCCCCCAACCACGGCGAUGGUACAAGAUGAUCAGAAGAAAGACAAAACUUCCAACUCGACAGAUGCAUCAUCAAAUGCCUCCUCAGAUGUGGACAUGGACCAGAAAAUCAGGGCAGCAGGAUCCACACAAGGGUCAUUAGCUGUGGGAGCUGGCUUGGCGCUACCCGUGGCAGCCGCGUCACCGCCUGUAGGAGCAGCUCGUAAGAGAACGACGUCUCCCGUUCCACCCAAUGCCAUGGUCGCUGCCGAUGAGAAAAUCAGGGAAGCUUACAAUGUGGCUAGCAUGCUGGGGACGUUGCAAGAAGGAGAUGGCCGUGCCAGCGCUCUUCCGGUGCCACCUCCCAUGGCGGCGGCAGAUGAGAAAAUCACCGGAGCCUCUAGUUUUGCGAGGGUGCACUUGCCAGGUUCGGGUGCGAACUCGACCCCAAUGGCCACCAAUCAUUUUUCCUCCAUUGCAGGUAGUACCACUAUUACUCCCGAUGCGUCGUCCCAAGUGGGCGCCUGGGCCGUUUCCGAAGCUCCACCCUCGCAAGAACAACAAGCUCAUGCUCAAAGUACUGAGGCUGGGAUGGCAACCAUGAUAGAUCAUCAUCAGGGUCAACAGGGGGAUCUUCUUGCCAACGAUAUCAACCUCCGGAGAAGCUUUGUCAGUGAACCGGGUGCAAUUUCGGUGGAUGGAAGUGGGUUUUUCACGGACACUGACAACAGCUCUGGCGUCAUUGAAUUGGUAGCAAUGACAUCUUCCGCACCAAUGGGACAAGGUCAGUCAGGCCAAAGUGUUCCAGGCGUGGCGCCAGUUGGCAGUCUGGUGCAAGCAAAUCCAGUCACAGGAGACAAUAAUAUUCCGCAGGCAGAGAUGGUGGACCGGGCAGAAUUGGAGGAAAUUGAACAGAGAAGAAAUGAAUCCUUGAAGCAAAAAAAGAGACAACAACAGAGACUUCUGGGAUUUGCCAUUUUUGGAUUUGCCUGUUUGAUCCUAGUAGUCACUGUUUUGGUGCUGGCUCUUCGUGGCAGUGGUGACACAACAACUAUGGCACAAGCGAAUGUCACAUACUUGGCAUUCAACCAGAAUGGGAUGCUGACUGGACAGAUUCCAAGUGAGCUUGCCAUCUUGACAACCCUUCAAGAAAUACAGGCAGACAGAUGCUCUCUUUCGGGUAGCCUCCCUACGGAGUUUGGGCAUUUGACAAAUGUGAGGAUACUUUAUGUCAAUCGAAACAAUGACCUAGAAGGCACCAUCCCAACUGAAUUUGGUUUGAUGACAAGUAUGAAUGAAAUGAGCCUCAACCAGAACAAACUAUCGGGAUCUCUGCCCAGUGAGCUGCUACAACUGACAAAACUCAAUGACCUCCAACUAGCAAAAAACAAGUUCACGGGAACCAUCCCGGCUGGGCUGGGUUUGCUGACAAGGCUAACUGAUCUGAGGGUACAGAAGAAUCAAUUGUCCGGUACAGUGCCCAGCGAACUUGGGCUUCUGACAAGGCUCACCAGGUUGAACUUUGGUCACAACAAUCUGCAAGGAGAGAUUCCACCAGAGAUUGCACUUUGCACCAACUUGGAAUUUCUGUACCUCACAGAUUCAUCACUGUCUGGCCCAAUUCCAUCAGAGUGUGGAUUGAUGAUGAAUGUAACAAGCUUUGUUGUGUUCAACAACAAUCUUUCCUUCCUCCCAAGGGAACUUUGGCAGUUGACAAACAUGGAUGUUCUCCGCCUCAAUGGCAAUCAGUUCAAUGGGCCUCUUCCAUCAGAUAUUGGACGCAUGAAAGCAAUGGUGGGGUUUCAAGCAUUUGACAACUUUUUCACAGGUGCUCUACCUAGUGAACUGGCUCUUCUGACUGGAAUGACAGCUUUGGAGCUCCAUGGCAAUCUCUUUUCUGGAUCCAUGCCAAAUUCUCUGGAAUAG